UGUGCUGCCCCGCGAGCGCCGGCCCGGCGACCCGGCGUGCCGAGGAUUGGCCACUUUUAAAAGAAAAUUCAAGUAGGGCCUGCGCCUCCUCCCCCAUCCUCCCGCCCUCCUCGGUCAUUUAUUUCAAGCUUCCAGCCCGGGACCACAAAAGGAAAGCGGCGAGGAAUUAGAUGCCCGAGUGGUAGCUGCUGGGCGGGCCCAGGUGGACUCCGCUGCAACCAGCUUCCGACCAGCUCGCCCUGCCGGGCCUUCUGACCCGCAUGGGGCUCGCCGAGUGAGCGCGGGGCUGGGAGCCAGGUCGUCCGGAAGCUGCUGCGUGUUUGAUGGGCGUAGAGGGGAGCGCCGCGGGGUUUCCACCGUGCAGCUCGCUGGGGCUUCACGCCCGGCAUAAUGGAACUACAGAGGACGUCCAGCAUCUCCGGGCCGCUGUCGCCCGCCUACACCGGGCAGGUGCCUUACAACUACAACCAGCUGGAAGGGCGGUUCAAGCAACUACAAGAUGAGCGUGAAGCUGUGCAGAAAAAGACCUUUACCAAGUGGGUCAACUCCCACCUCGCCCGCGUGUCUUGUCGCAUCACAGACCUAUACACUGACCUUCGAGAUGGACGUAUGCUCAUCAAGCUGCUGGAGGUCCUUUCUGGAGAGAGGCUGCCUAAACCUACCAAGGGACGAAUGCGCAUCCACUGUCUGGAGAAUGUGGAUAAGGCCCUUCAGUUCCUGAAGGAGCAGAGAGUCCAUCUGGAGAACAUGGGGUCCCAUGACAUCGUGGAUGGAAACCACCGACUGACCCUUGGCCUCAUCUGGACCAUCAUCCUGCGCUUUCAGAUCCAGGAUAUCAGUGUGGAGACUGAAGACAACAAAGAAAAGAAAUCUGCCAAGGAUGCAUUGCUGUUAUGGUGCCAGAUGAAGACAGCUGGGUACCCCAAUGUCAACAUUCAUAAUUUCACCACCAGCUGGAGGGAUGGCAUGGCCUUCAAUGCACUGAUACAUAAACACCGGCCUGACCUGAUAGAUUUUGACAAACUAAAGAAAUCCAAUGCACACUACAAUCUGCAGAAUGCAUUUAACCUGGCAGAGCAACACCUUGGCCUCACCAAACUGCUGGAUCCUGAGGAUAUCAGUGUGGACCACCCUGAUGAGAAGUCCAUCAUCACUUAUGUGGUGACUUAUUACCACUACUUCUCUAAGAUGAAGGCCUUGGCUGUUGAAGGAAAACGAAUUGGAAAGGUGCUUGACAAUGCUAUUGAAACUGAAAAAAUGAUUGAAAAGUAUGAAUCACUUGCCUCUGACCUUCUGGAGUGGAUUGAACAAACCAUCAUUAUUUUGAACAAUCGCAAAUUUGCCAAUUCACUGGUCGGGGUUCAACAACAACUUCAGGCAUUCAACACUUACCGCACUGUGGAGAAACCACCCAAAUUUACAGAGAAGGGGAACUUGGAAGUGCUACUUUUCACUAUCCAGAGCAAGAUGAGGGCCAACAAUCAAAAGGUCUACAUGCCCCGGGAGGGGAAGCUCAUCUCUGACAUUAACAAGGCCUGGGAAAGACUGGAAAAAGCGGAACACGAAAGAGAACUGGCUCUGCGAAAUGAGCUCAUAAGACAGGAGAAACUGGAACAGCUUGCCCGCAGAUUCGAUCGCAAGGCAGCAAUGAGAGAGACGUGGCUGAGCGAAAACCAGCGUCUGGUGUCUCAGGACAACUUUGGGUUUGACCUUCCUGCAGUCGAGGCUGCCACGAAAAAGCAUGAGGCCAUUGAGACAGACAUUGCUGCCUACGAGGAGCGUGUGCAGGCUGUGGUAGCCGUGGCCAGGGAGCUCGAGGCUGAGAACUACCAUGACAUCAAGCGCAUCACAGCGAGGAAGGAUAAUGUCAUUCGGCUCUGGGAAUACCUGCUGGAACUGCUCAGGGCCCGGAGGCAGCGUCUGGAGAUGAACCUGGGACUGCAGAAGAUAUUCCAGGAAAUGCUUUACAUUAUGGACUGGAUGGAUGAAAUGAAGGUGCUACUACUGUCUCAGGACUACGGCAAACACUUGCUGGGCGUGGAAGACCUGCUACAGAAGCAUGCCCUUGUUGAAGCCGACAUUGGCAUCCAGGCAGAGCGCGUGAGAGGUGUCAAUGCCUCCGCCCAGAAAUUUGCAACAGACGGGGAAGGUUACAAGCCCUGCGACCCCCAGGUGAUCCGAGACCGCGUGGCCCACAUGGAGUUCUGCUACCAAGAACUCUGCCAGCUGGCAGCUGAGCGCCGGGCCCGUCUGGAAGAGUCCCGUCGUCUCUGGAAGUUCUUCUGGGAGAUGGCAGAAGAAGAAGGCUGGAUACGGGAGAAGGAGAAGAUCCUCUCCUCUGACGAUUAUGGGAAAGACCUCACCAGUGUCAUACGCCUGCUCAGCAAGCACCGAGCAUUUGAGGAUGAGAUGAGUGGCCGCAGCAGUCACUUUGAGCAGGCCAUAAAAGAAGGUGAAGACAUGAUUGCAGAGGACCACUUCGGGUCAGAGAAAAUCCGAGAGAGGAUUAUUUACAUCCGGGAGCAGUGGGCCAACCUAGAGCAGCUCUCGGCCAUCCGGAAAAAACGCCUGGAGGAAGCCUCACUGUUGCACCAGUUCCAGGCGGAUGCUGAUGACAUCGAUGCUUGGAUGCUGGACAUCCUCAAGAUUGUCUCCAGCAACGACGUGGGCCAUGACGAGUACUCCACACAGUCCCUAGUCAAGAAACACAAGGACGUGGCGGAGGAGAUCGCCAACUAUAGGCCCACUAUCGACACUCUGCACGAGCAAGCCAGUGCCCUCCCCCAGGAACACGCAGAGUCUCCAGAAGUGAGGGGCAGGCUCUCGGGCAUCGAGGAGCGGUACAAGGAGGUGGCAGAGCUGACGCGGUUGAGGAAGCAGGCGCUGCAGGAUACCCUGGCCCUGUACAAGAUGUUCAGUGAGGCUGAUGCCUGUGAGCUCUGGAUUGAUGAGAAGGAGCAGUGGCUCAACAACAUGCAGAUCCCAGAGAAGCUGGAGGACCUGGAGGUCAUCCAGCACAGAUUUGAGAGCCUGGAACCCGAAAUGAACAACCAAGCUUCCCGGGUGGCAGUGGUGAAUCAGAUUGCGCGACAGCUCAUGCACAGCGGCCACCCGAGUGAGAAGGAAAUCAAAGCCCAGCAGGACAAACUCAACACGAGGUGGAGUCAGUUCAGAGAACUGGUCGACCGAAAGAAGGAUGCCCUUCUCUCUGCUCUGAGCAUCCAGAACUACCACCUCGAGUGUAAUGAAACCAAAUCCUGGAUUCGAGAAAAGACCAAGGUGAUUGAAUCCACACAGGACCUGGGCAAUGACCUGGCUGGUGUUAUGGCCCUGCAGCGCAAACUGACCGGCAUGGAGCGGGACUUGGUGGCCAUCGAGGCAAAGUUGAGCGAUCUGCAGAAGGAGGCAGAGAAGCUCGAGUCCGAGCACCCUGACCAGGCUCAGGCCAUCCUGUCUCGGCUGGCUGAGAUUAGCGACGUUUGGGAAGAGAUGAAGACCACCCUGAAGAACCGUGAGGCCUCUCUGGGGGAGGCCAGCAAGCUGCAGCAGUUCCUGCGGGACCUGGACGACUUCCAGUCCUGGCUCUCUAGGACCCAGACGGCCAUUGCCUCUGAAGACAUGCCUAACACCCUAACCGAGGCAGAGAAGCUGCUCACUCAGCACGAGAACAUCAAAAAUGAGAUUGACAACUACGAGGAGGACUACCAGAAGAUGAGGGAUAUGGGUGAGAUGGUCACCCAGGGACAGACCGACGCCCAAUACAUGUUUCUGCGACAGCGGCUACAGGCCUUGGACACUGGAUGGAACGAGCUACACAAAAUGUGGGAGAACAGGCAAAAUCUCCUCUCCCAGUCCCAUGCCUACCAGCAGUUCCUUCGGGAUACCAAGCAAGCCGAAGCCUUUCUUAACAACCAGGAGUAUGUUUUGGCCCAUACUGAAAUGCCCACCACCUUGGAAGGUGCCGAAGCGGCUAUUAAAAAACAGGAGGAUUUCAUGACCACCAUGGAUGCCAAUGAGGAGAAGAUCAAUGCUGUUGUGGAGACUGGCCGGAGACUGGUGAGUGAUGGAAACAUCAACUCGGAUCGCAUCCAGGAAAAAGUGGACUCCAUUGAUGACAGACAUAGGAAGAAUCGUGAGGCAGCCAGUGAGCUGCUGAUGAGAUUGAAGGACAACAGGGAUCUUCAGAAAUUCCUGCAAGAUUGUCAGGAGCUUUCUCUCUGGAUCAAUGAAAAGAUGCUUACAGCCCAGGACAUGUCUUAUGAUGAAGCCAGAAAUCUGCACAGUAAAUGGUUAAAACAUCAAGCAUUUAUGGCAGAACUUGCAUCCAACAAAGAGUGGCUUGAUAAAAUUGAGAAGGAGGGAAUGCAGCUCAUUUCAGAAAAGCCUGAGACAGAAGCUGUGGUGAAGGAGAAACUCACUGGUUUACAUAAAAUGUGGGAAGUCCUUGAAUCCACCACCCAGACCAAGGCCCAGCGGCUCUUUGAUGCAAACAAGGCUGAACUGUUCACCCAGAGCUGCGCAGAUCUAGACAAGUGGCUGCAUGGCCUGGAGAGCCAGAUUCAGUCUGAUGAUUAUGGCAAGGACCUCACCAGUGUCAACAUCCUGCUGAAGAAGCAACAGAUGCUAGAAAAUCAGAUGGAGGUGCGGAAGAAGGAGAUUGAAGAGCUCCAGAGCCAGGCCCAGGCCCUGAGUCAGGAGGGGAAGAGCACCGAUGAGGUGGAUAGCAAGCGUCUCACCGUGCAGACCAAGUUCAAGGAAUUGCUGGAGCCCUUGAAUGAAAGAAAACAUAACCUACUAGCCUCCAAAGAGAUCCAUCAGUUCAACAGGGAUGUAGAGGAUGAGAUUUUGUGGGUUGGAGAGAGGAUGCCCUUGGCAACUUCCACAGAUCAUGGCCAUAACCUCCAGACAGUGCAACUGUUAAUAAAGAAAAAUCAGACCCUCCAAAAAGAAAUCCAGGGGCACCAGCCUCGCAUCGAUGACAUCUUUGAGAGGAGCCAAAACAUAGUGACUGACAGCAGCAGCCUCAACGCUGAGGCCAUCCGACAGAGGCUUGCUGACCUGAAGCAGCUGUGGAGCCUCCUCAUUGAGGAAACAGAGAAGCGCCACCGGCGGCUGGAGGAGGCCCACAGGGCCCAGCAGUACUACUUUGAUGCAGCAGAGGCUGAGGCGUGGAUGAGCGAGCAGGAGCUGUACAUGAUGUCUGAAGAGAAGGCCAAGGAUGAGCAGAGUGCUGUCUCCAUGUUGAAAAAGCACCAGAUUCUGGAACAAGCCGUGGAGGACUAUGCAGAGACAGUGCACCAGCUCUCCAAAACCAGCCGGGCCCUUGUCGCUGACAGCCACCCCGAAAGCGAGCGCAUUAGCAUGCGGCAGUCCAAAGUGGACAAACUGUAUGCUGGCCUCAAAGACCUUGCUGAAGAGAGGAGAGGCAAGUUGGACGAGAGGCACAGGCUGUUCCAGCUCAACCGGGAAGUGGACGACCUGGAGCAGUGGAUCGCCGAGAGGGAGGUGGUCGCAGGGUCACAUGAGCUGGGACAGGAUUACGAGCACGUCACGAUGUUACAGGAGCGAUUCCGGGAGUUUGCCCGGGACACUGGAAACAUUGGGCAGGAGCGUGUGGACACGGUCAAUCACAUGGCAGAUGAACUCAUCAACUCUGGGCACUCAGACGCUGCCACCAUCGCUGAGUGGAAGGACGGGCUCAAUGAAGCCUGGGCUGACCUCCUGGAGCUCAUUGACACGAGAACACAGAUUCUCGCUGCCUCCUACGAACUGCAUAAAUUUUACCACGACGCCAAGGAGAUCUUUGGGCGCAUACAGGACAAACACAAGAAACUCCCCGAGGAGCUCGGGAGAGAUCAGAACACAGUAGAGACCUUGCAGAGGAUGCACACCACAUUUGAGCACGACAUCCAGGCUCUGGGCACACAGGUUAGGCAGUUGCAGGAGGAUGCAGCCCGCCUCCAGGCAGCCUAUGCAGGUGACAAGGCCGACGACAUCCAGAAGCGGGAGAAUGAGGUCCUCGAAGCCUGGAAGGCCCUGCUGGACGCCUGUGAGGGCCGCCGGGUGCGACUGGUGGAUACUGGGGACAAGUUCCGCUUCUUCAGCAUGGUGCGUGACCUCAUGCUGUGGAUGGAGGAUGUCAUCCGGCAAAUCGAAGCCCAGGAGAAGCCAAGGGAUGUAUCAUCUGUUGAACUACUAAUGAAUAAUCAUCAAGGUAUCAAAGCUGAAAUUGAUGCUCGUAAUGAUAGUUUCACAACCUGUAUUGAACUUGGAAAAUCCCUGCUGGCAAGAAAGCACUAUGCAUCUGAGGAGAUCAAGGAAAAGUUAUUGCAGUUGACGGAAAAGAGAAAAGAAAUGAUUGACAAGUGGGAAGACCGGUGGGAGUGGUUAAGACUGAUUUUGGAGGUCCAUCAGUUUUCAAGGGAUGCCAGCGUGGCUGAGGCUUGGCUGCUUGGACAGGAGCCGUACCUAUCCAGCCGAGAGAUAGGCCAGAGUGUGGAUGAGGUGGAGAAGCUUAUCAAGCGCCAUGAAGCUUUUGAAAAGUCUGCAGCUACCUGGGAUGAGAGGUUCUCCGCCCUGGAAAGGCUGACAACAUUGGAGUUACUGGAAGUGCGCAGACAGCAAGAGGAAGAGGAGAGGAAGAGGCGGCCGCCUUCUCCUGAGCCGAGCACGAAGGUUUCUGAGGAGGCCGAGUCCCAGCAGUGGGAUACUUCCAAAGGAGAGCAAGUUUCCCAGAACGGCUUGCCGGCUGAACAGGGAUCUCCACGGGUUAGUUACCGCUCUCAAACCUACCAAAACUACAAAAACUUUAAUAGCAGACGGACAGCCAGUGACCAGCCUUGGUCUGGACUGUGAAGUUCACUGCCAUUUGUCAAGAACCAUUCUUUCCAAAUCCUGUUGGUUUGACCUUUUGGCUUCCACUUUACCCACAGUGUUAAAAUUUUACUGAAUUCAUAGCCGCCCUUGGUUUCAUAUUUGUUUGCAUUUAAUUCAUGUGUAUUUAAGUCUUUUAACUGAUGGAUGCUCAGUUGCCUUAAGGCAACAUACUUACUUUUUUGUUUAUUUAUUGUGAGCUUUUUACUUUAUUAAGAUUUUACAGCGAAAGCCUUACAUGAGUAAUUGAAAUUAAAUGAGAUUACAGCAAAGUGAAGAAGAAAACUAGAAUCCAACAGGUAUGACACAUCCAGUUAUACUAACAGGGUGCAAUAUUGCCCUAGAUGUAGCUCCUUUUACAGAUGUUAUUAACCUGCAAUAGUUUACUAUUAACUAGGAAGACUGGGUUGUAAGGAAGGAAACUUACAGACUUUCGGUACUAAGACUAUAACCUGAAGUCAGCUGUAUAAACAUUCCAUGGACGAUGCAUUUAUUUGUUGAAAAAUGACAGGGGGAAGAAAGGAAGCUGGAUCAACUUGGGAAAGCUCAGAUUAUUACUUUUUACAAAGCCAUUUGUCUCUCUUUUUUUUUUUCCCUGCCAAGUCCGGAGAAUUCUAGGCCUACUCCAUGCACCAGAAAAUGCAGCCAGCUUCAGUAGUUAAGUGCAUGCUGACUCUGCCACACCUUUGUCUCAGUCACUGCCAGGACAGGGGACGGGGCAGGGGCUGGCAGUACUCAGCAUGUUCCGGAAGCCUGCCUACUAGACUUCAAGGCUUCUCCAUGCACUUGAUGACUUCAGGGUAUCAAACUUUUUCAAUUUUUCAAAUGUGGAACAAAAGCCAUUCUGGUCCACCCUGAUUACUUGAACAAGGCUGUGGUGGACCACCCAUAGGAGCAGCGGCACACUUUCUGGCUUCAGAAUUCAUUCUAGUGUCUCUGUCGACAGAGACACUAGAUACACUCUGGUACAUCUUGUAGGGACCUUCUGAUUUGUUUUUCACUUUCUUCAGUCUUUUUGUGGAGUCUUCUAAUAAGGAGUCUUCCAGGAUGGUAUUUAUCAGACCACCAGCAUGGACUAAAAUUAUUUUUUAACAGAAAUCCUGUUCUUUAGGAUAAAAGCUAAUAGGUGACUUCCUGCUACUAAUAAAGACAAAACAAAAUCAAAUCCAUAUUUAGUCAAAACCUUGUGAGACAUUCACUUGCUCAUUUGCCAUAUUUAAAUGUUAGUGGAAUCAGAAACCUGUUUUGAUAUGUGUUCUCCAUGAGUUAAGUCUAAUUUGUCUUUUCAUUUCAUGAUGCAUGUCUUUUUUUUUUCUUUUGUCAGGAUAACAUCAUAUAGCAUCUUGUUUGUUUUUCCUUAUUUCUAUGUACAUAUCUAUCUACCUGUGACUGUAGAUGGGUAUAUAGAUAGAUGCCAAGCUUCUUAUGUUCUGGGGGUAGUGUGCACCAUUAUUGGGUCUCUGCCUGAAAACACACCCAAAUCCAUUUUAGGAAUUAACACAGUUUCAUCUGUGGUCUUUAGGGAGCCCUCGUGUGUUUCUGGCUCUGAAUUACAUUAUGUAUGUCAUUGAUCUAUAUGUAUAUAUAUGAUGUUUCCAUAUAUAUGUUUAAAGUUUGUACCAUCAACACUACUAGUAUCCAAUUUUAUGCUUUUUUUUGUUUUCAGAAGACCAAAAAAAAAAAAACCCCACAUAAGCACACAGCGAAGGAGUGCUAUGUUUCUGGCGUUUGUUCCCAUGCCUAUUUUUAUCUAGAUUUUUAGAUAAAACAGAUUGCCAGAACAGAUUUUUAAUUACAAUUGGAUUGUAUAGAAGAAAAUCUUUUUAUUACUUUGAGUUAUGGUGCAGAGACUCAAGUUAAUGAACUUGAAAAUAGUGUUGCUUCAUGCACUUAGAAAACCAAUCAGGUGUUUCUUGUGCUGCUACUUGUCACGUUGCACUUAUGUUCACCUCCUGAUUUAAAUCUCAGGUGCAUCCAGCCACUAAAGCACUCCAGACUAAUUGCUCUAGAGAGGCAACAAAGGGCGGGGAGGGGGCUGUAUUCACAUGUACCCACUGUUUGGUCAUAGCACUGUGAUUUGCUUUUGAUGUUUGUCUCUAGUAGUGUGCUGUCUGUUGGCAUGCUUACAGCAUAUGUCCAUUAAAAUUCAUUUUUAUUCCUUUUAUUUUCCUUGUUUUCUUGGUUAGUGAUUCAUUUGCAUAAACAUUAAUUAUCUCUGCAUACUGGUUUGGAGUUUUCUCUUUCCUUCUAACUCCAAAGAAAAAAAUUUUUGCUGCAGAAUUUUUCUCAAAGAGACUUCCCUGCCUUCACUUACCUUUGAAGUACAAUAAAUUUUAGCCAAUUUGGUAAACAUUUCUCUACCCUUGGCAAUACUGUCACUAGCAGUUUUCAAGUCACACCUGCCUGCAGCACUAAUUUUUUCUUAACCUGGUUUCUAUACAACACUAACUCCAUGUCUCCCUGAAGUCAUGCCUGGCACAGGCUUUACAGACCAAACUUGUAUUUCCUCCCCACUGGAAGUUUCCUGUAAAUCACACACUAGAACAGAUUUGUCAACUUAAAAAUCCAUUCAUUUUCUUUUGACUCUGGGUUUUGUUUUCUGGUAAUAUCCCUUCCUGCACCUCUUCUUUAAAAGUUAAAGGAAAGAGAAAUAUGUAAUAACCUAUCACUAAUAAGUGCCUGUGAAGAGGCAGUCACUUGCAAGGCCAGGAUGAUCACACCCCCUGCCCCUCACUCCCAUGUAUUUCUGCCCUCAGAAUCCAUUCUCCACAUCUCUGUGUGGGUAAAGCACCCUUCAAUUGAUGGCCUCUAGUUUCACCCUAAAACCCAAAGCUAAUGGUAAUGGUUUGGAUGGACAUAAUGUAAACUUGUGACCCAGCCACUUGGAUAAGAUGUAAAUGAGAGCUCCAUUUCCUGAGAGUUGACAGAUCUGGGUGUCCAGCAGUGGUGGCCAGUCUAUUGUUUUUCCUGUCAAGGUUGUUGCUGCUAAUUUGGUGUCAUUUUGGUUCUGGGCAGCAGUGGUGGGGGAUGUAUCUAAUGAGCGUACCAUUGACACCUCCAUGUUUGUCCGUGUAUGAGGGGUGUAGGUUGUCUGUAAUCCACUAAAGUGUCAGCCAACACCCAGCUUUAGUAACUUGCUAAUCUCACCCCCUGGGUAUAUCAGCCAGGGGCUGCUACAGUUAAUGGUACUCAGUUGAAGGCACACAGACUGAAAGCGAUAUUGAAUGGAGACCCUACUGCAUUUCCAAAGCCGAAAAGCCAUGAGGGUUUCCAUUUUAAAUGAGCUUGGGAAGGAACAGCUCCCGAAGACGUCUCCAUCCUGAAGGGUCAGAGCCGCUGGAAGCCUGGCUGUCUGGGCUUUCUCGUCUCAGUGCAGCAAGGCACCGUGAUCAACCAACACGUGAUGGGGAAGGCCCUGGUUCUGUCUUUGUUUGGGGGUAAAUAGCCGUGUGGUGUUGAGUGACUGUGAUUGGCUUUUCUAGCUCCUUUAACACAAACUACAACCCACUCACGAUACAACUUCGGCAGAUGUGGUUAAAUUGAUGUUUGUUGACUUGCCUCAUUUCCUUCCAGCUCUUAAGUUCCAAAGUCUAACUGGGAUGGUAGAUGUGAAAUGCAUGAUUGUCGUCCUAAUUUCUGCAUGUGUUUAUGACAAUGUGUUGAGGGGUGGGGGAGGAGAGCCAGAGAGCAUUUUCAGAAACCAAAGGUCUUUCCUUUGUCUUACUAUGGGGGAAUGCUGUGUAGUUCUGAUAGAGUUGUCUAUCAAUCUGUUUGUGAAUGCCCUUUCGCUUCAACUUCCAGCCCUUCUGGUGGCGUCCUUUGGUUGUAAGGUGGCUGCUGUAUAACGUCCACUCUCAUAUUUAAUAUGUGUGAUUGUGACUGUUGUCCUUUUGUUUUAAAGUAACUGUAAGGAAAUAAUCUGAGCUACAUUAGAGAAAAUGGAUUGAUCAGAGGAGUAGAGUGCAGUAAAACUCAUACUGGCAUUUCGCUUUUCUCAUUCCCCAUAAACGGGCUGGUAUUAAUCCGUUCCCACCUUCUAAUGUCCUUGGUGCCCAGCUGGCUUUGUGGGAUGUGCAAUGGUUUUACUGUACUGCCUCGAUCUGUGCCAGGCAUUUAUACACAGCCACGUGUGCAAGUCAGAGCGUAUGUGAGCCCCCGCAGCUCACACGCUUGGCUGAAUGGCCUCUCCACUGU